AGAGAGGGGUUUUUGACAGCUGUAUUUGUGCUGAUAAGCGAAGGCACAAGGAGACGAUCGACUAGUGAGACAAGAGGGAAGCGGCGGCUCGGAGCUGCUGAGAGGGGCUGCGCUUCCCUCCCGAGACGGCUCGGCCCUCCCGGCGCCGUGCUGGGGCUUGGGGGGGACCCGAGCCCCCUCCCAGCGCCUGGCCGGGCUCUCGGCCGGUGCCCGUGCCGGGGGGCAGCUCGCUGGCUGGGCACGCCGGCCGCGCGGGGCAGAUGCCGAUUGAGAUCGUGUGUAAAAUCAAAUUUGCCGAGGAGGAUGAGAAGCAGAAGGAGAAAGAAGAAGGGGACAAGGAGAGCCUGAUCGAGGAGCCCGCCCGGCCCCGCUCCCGGGACCUGGCCGCCUUCGCCAGCGCCAGCACGCUGCACGGCCUGGGACACAUCUGCCGGUCGGGGCGGCUGGGUGUGCGCCAGACCCUCUGGGCGUUCGCCUUCCUGGCCUCGCUCGCCUUCUUCCUCUAUCAGGCGGCCAAGUCAGCGCUGCUCUACCUGGAGCACCCCCACGUCAUGGCCCUGGACGAGGAGGCCAUCCGCGAGAUGGUCUUCCCCGCCAUCACCAUCUGCAACAUCAACCGCUACCGCCACUCGGCGCUCACCGACGCUGACAUCUUCCACUUGGCCAACAUGACCGGGCUGCCCCCCAAGGACCGGGACGGCCACAAGGCCACAGACCUGCUCUACCCCGACCCUGACAUGGCUGACAUCGUCAACCGCACCGGCCACCAGCUUGACGACAUGCUCAAGAGCUGCAACUUCAGCGGCGAGAACUGCUCAUCCCGCGAUUUCACUGUGGUCUACACACGCUAUGGUAAGUGCUACACCUUCAAUGGGGACCGGAGGAACCCGCGGGUGACCCGCCAGGGUGGCAUGGGCAACGGGCUGGAGAUCAUGCUGGACAUCCAGCAGGAAGAGUACCUGCCCAUCUGGAGAGAGACCAACGAGACGUCAUUUGAAGCUGGCAUCAGGGUCCAGAUCCACAGCCAGGAUGAGCCGCCCUACAUCCAUCAGCUGGGCUUUGGUGUCUCACCCGGCUUCCAGACCUUCGUGUCCUGCCAGGAGCAGCGGCUCACCUACCUGCCACAGCCAUGGGGGAACUGCCGGGCCAGCGUGCAGGGGGAGCAGAUGCUGCCUGGCUACGACACCUACAGCAUUGCUGCCUGCCGCCUGCAGUGCGAGAAGGAGGCCGUGGUGCGGAGCUGCCACUGCCGCAUGGUCCACAUGCCAGGCAACGAGUCCAUCUGCUCCCCCAACGUGUACAUCGAGUGUGCUGACCACACGCUGGACACGGCGGUGGAGGACAGCCAGGAGCGCUGCAGCUGCCCCACGCCAUGCAACCUGACUCGCUACGGCAAGGAGAUCUCCAUGGUGCGCAUCCCCAACAAGGGCUCGGCACGCUACCUCGCCCGCAAGUACAACAAGAACGAGACCUACAUCCGGGAGAACUUCCUGGUGCUGGAUAUCUUCUUCGAGGCGCUCAACUACGAGGCCAUUGAGCAGAAGAAAGCCUACGACAUUGCUGGGCUUCUCGGGGACAUUGGGGGCCAGAUGGGCCUGUUCAUCGGUGCCAGCAUCCUCACCAUCCUGGAGAUCCUGGACUAUGUCUACGAGGUGAUCCGGGACAGGGUGAGCCGGGUCCUGCGCCGCUCCAAGCCACCCCUGAAGAAGCCCUCGGGCAGCAUCGCCACGCUGGGACUGGAGGAGCUCAAGGACCAGAGCCCCUGUGAAACGCUGGGCCGGCACGUGGAGGGCACCUACAACGCGGGCAUCCUGCCCAACCACCACCACCGCCACCACUACCCUCACCAGGGCGUCUUCGAGGACUUCGCCUGCUAG